AUGUGCGUCGGCGAUGGCAUGGCAUGGCAGGGCCUGGUGACCGGCGGCGUGGUGCUGCUGGUGCGCAAAGGGAAGAGCUCCCUGGUGCUUCGUUUCGACGAAGACCUCUUCUUCAUCUACCUGCUGCCUCCCAUCAUCUUCAACGCCGGGUUUCAGGUGAAGAAGAAGCAGUUCUUUCGCAACUUCGGGGCCAUCAUGGCGUAUGGCAUUGUGGGCGUCUUCAUCUCAUUCGGAGUCAUCUCAGCAGGGUGCAGAAGCCUCUUUGAUCUUCUGGGCCUCCCACCACAGCACAGCCGCGUGUAUCUUGCGCUUGGUGUGAUCUUCUCUGCAACCGAUUCUGUCUGCACGCUACAAGUGUUGGACCAGGGCGAGCAGCCGCUGGUGUACAGCCUGGUGUUUGGCGAGGGUGUGGUGAACGACGCCACGUCCAUUGUGCUCUUCCGCGCCGUGCAGAAGCUGCAGGACGACGCCCUCGACCUGCCUGCUGCUGCUGAGAUUGCCUCUGACUUCCUCUACCUCUUCACCGCCUCCACUGCCCUCGGCAUCGCCUUUGGAUUGGCGUCAGCGUUCAUAAUCAGGAAGCUCUAUUUCGUCGGGCAUGCAACGGAUAGGGAGGUGGCGCUGAUGGCGCUGAUGGCGUACCUGUCGUACGUGCUGUCAGAGGUGCUGGAGCUGAGCGGCAUCCUCUCUGUGUUCUUCGCCGGCAUUGUCAUGAGCCACUACACGUGGCACAACGUCACUGAGAGCUCCCGAGUCACCACCAAGCAUGCGUUUGCAACGAUGUCGUUCAUAGCGGAGACGUUCAUCUUCAUCUACGUGGGCAUGGACGCACUGGACGUAACCAAGUGGAACUCCGUCAACCACAGGAAUGCAGGAGUGCUGUUUGGCAUCCUGCUUUCGCUCGUGCUGCUGGGGCGUGCUGCCUUUGUCUUCCCCCUCUCCUUCCUGCUCAACCUGCAGCGCAAGAACAACCGAGUGCUGCUCCCCCAACAUCAGGUGGUCAUCUGGUGGGCUGGUCUCAUUCGCGGUGCUGUCUCCAUCGCCCUCACCUACUCCGCAUUUCCAGACUAUUCAGACCCGGAUGUUGCAACCACAAUUGCUGCCACCAUUGCUCUCGUGCUCUUCUCCACAGUAGUGUUUGGUUUGCUCACGAGCCCUCUCAUAAACCACCUCCUCCCUCGCCCUCUCGACCGCUCCUCCAGCCUCGUCAGUGACGCACUGCCCUCGCCCAAGUACCUCUACUUCCCGCCUUCCCUGCCCCGCCGCUCCUCCUCCUCUUCCCUCUCCCUCGCCCUUGACAUCCCGCCGUCGCCCCUCAGCUACGCCUCUGGUGUAUCUGCGCCUCCCUGGCCCUAUCGUUCGGCUGCACAGGGCGCCUCUCACUCCGCCCCUUCCUCAUCCUCAGUUGCAUUUGGCGCUGUUGCUUCUGCUCGUCCCUCUCGCGUGCUCCGCUUUGCCGAUUCCCCCGUCCCCGAUGCAGCAGCAGCAGCCGCAGCAGUCGCAGCAGCAGCUGCCGCAGCAGCGGCAGCAGCAUCAGCGGAGGAGGAACGGAUGGUUUCGGGAGGUUUACUCGGGGAUGUGUUGUGGUUCGGAGGGGAGUGGGAGGCACAGGGGGAUGAGGCACAGGCACGGAGGUCCAGCAGUGGGUGGUGGAGUAUAUCGGAAGAGGAGGGGGGGAGGGAGUCGGCAGGGGAGCACGUCGGGGGCGGGCGGAAGGAGGAGGAAGGGGAUGCGAUUGAAGGGGAGGACUUGGCAGAUUGUGAUUCCGCCUGGCCUGCUCGCCUGCAAUCGCCUCGACCCCAUGCUUCCCCUCCUUUCCACUCACGGCCUUCCCCGGAUCGUGGAACGUGA